GAAAUAUCAAACAUGGCGGAGCGUACAAGUGAAUGAACCGCAAUUUCAAGAUUUUGUGUCGAAAAUUUUGCUCUAAACAUGAACACCAACUCGGAAGACUCUUGUUAAACCGUGUCAGAGAGGUGCUAACUUUAAAAAAAAUGGACGUAGAGCAGGAGAAAACCCCGGUAGGUGUCAGACAGCGGUUAGAGGAAAGCCUUUUUUCGGCGAACUGAGUUGUCGUCGACAUUUUAUACACUAUCGUGAUUUAGGUAUACACAUGUACUGUUUCACGACAUCAUUGCCGAGUGAAAUGGAAAUAUUUGUUUAGUUCCAUACAGGAAUUACUGAACAAGAACUUCUUUGCUUUUAGUCGUCUGUUGUGGUUUUGCACAUGCUCUUCUGAACUUAACAACAUAUAAACCUAAUUAGCUGUAUUUGCAAUGUACUUCGUUUUGUGUCUCUUGUAGGUGGUGUUGAAGAAAAAAUAUGAAAAGACAUAACUUAUCGCAUUUUGUUGCAAAGCUAGCUCGAAUAAACCUUUACUCUUUCGAUCUAUGACUAUAUAAAAGCUAAACGUUUUUGUACUAUUAAUAUUCUUUUCAGCCUGAGGAUAGACAGCAGUGGAAACUUGAAAAGGACACUGAGUUAAGGCUUGAGAUUCCUGAGGGAAAGGGAAAAGCAGAACUGGUGGUAAGCAAUGAUAAAAUACUGCUUUAAGCCCUAAUAGUUAAUUUUUUAUCUCAGGUAAUUUUUUUUUCUUUGUUUUUGGGCAUGGUACUGUAUGCUAACGAAGUUGAAACAAAGGAAAAGAUAAAAAUUACCUGAGAUGAAAAAUUAACUACAACAUCAACAUGCAUUUCUCCAUACUGCUUUCCUUCCAUUUCUUGUGGCUGUUAUCACUGUUAAAUGAUGUGUGCACUAUUUAAAGGAAAAAAAUAGCUGUCUAUAUGACAAAAACAGCAAACCUUGAGAUGUUGAAAACAUCAUUUAGUGCAAUUAAGUACAGGAUUCACUUCAUCUACGCUUUUUUUUUUAUCAGCCCGUGCAAGAAACUUGUAGUUGUAUGAGCAAGCACUUCUUUUACCCUAUAAUCUAAAACUGUCAUACAUGUACAUGUACAUUGGAGAACUUACUAAGAGGAGGGUGUAAGGGUUUGUGGUGAUGUGGUUUUGCAUUAUUUUUGGUGCGGUUUUGCGGUAAUUUAUAUUUUAACUCGCGGUAUUGCGGUUUCAAAACACUAAGCAGUUUGCGGUUAUUACAACCUUUAAGUCGCGGUUUUCGGUCAAAAAAAUAGUGUCUGCGGUGAUAUAAACACUCUUUAGAACGGUCGGCAUCCAGUUGUUUUGCAAGCGCGAGCCAACUGUUUUGUUUUACAACGCAUCAGGGUUCAUUAUAUCAGCUUACAAUUUAACUCUGUGGUUUGCAAUUACGGCCUUUUCCGGUUAAUACUUAAUGUGAUUAACCGUUUUGGCCAAUGAUGCGUCGACUUGGUGAAAUUCCAUGCCGGAUGUUAGCUCGUACAGCCUCGUGUUCUAGUUGCUUCGAUUCAACGUGCGACAAUGGCAACUGAGGUCGUCGAGGUCGCAAAUGAAAGCGAAGAGGACGUAAUAAUUAAUUGCGUGGCAAUCUUCUAUGAAGAAGGAAAGGAAGGGGAGAAUUUCAGAAGAGCUGUACGUUUUAACAAUCGUCUUCUCCACUGAACGUGAACUCUUUACGAGACAAGAAGGUCACAAUUCCAGGAGAAACAUUUAUUCCGCUGUUAGAAAUAUUACGAGUGUGACAAUUUUAGUACAUGAUAAUUUUAUCAUAUCGAUCAUUUAGCUAUUUCGAAGAUAAUCAAGUACCAAAGAUGUCAAUCAAAUGAUUUGUAACUUUAGAUUUUUCAACAGUAUUUGUAUUCAAUAUAUAGAUUCUUUGCUUCACUUGAGACUAGAGCGGCUUUCGGGACGGUUAUGGUUGUGACUUUUUUACUGUGACUUUUAAUUAAACAAUCUGAAGUGAGUGAAUAGUGUUGUGGUACUACAUUUCCAACACCGCGUUCCACAACUAGCACAGGGUCGUCCAAAGUAAUUAGUCACCCAAUGUAAGACGUACAGGAUCAGUGACAGAGUUUUUCAAAGUUGAGGGAGAUAUCAAUACUCGUUCAAGUACAUGACCAGCAUACUUGAAAUUUGGUUAGUGGCAAAUAGAGCAUAAUAGUGUAGUACAAUAUAUCGCUAGCGUUAUGAUGGUAUGUUUAACGCACAAUGUUAUCAGAAUGUAUCACAAGUCUUGCUGACGUCAGCUUUCAUAUUGUGGCCUACAUGUACGCGCGGUUUCGGUAUUCGGGAAAAAAUCCGAUGCAGUUUGCGGUUUUUUGGCGUAUUUCUGUGCGGUUUGCCGUUUUCAGACCCCCCUUACGCCCCCCUCUACUAAAAAAUAAUUUACCGGAUCAGGAUCAGUGAUCCUAGAUCACUUGGAUCAAGGUAGAUCCAGUGAACUAAUGAAUCCUUGUUCAGAGUGGAUUCGUCGGUUCAUUUGAUCUCCCAUGAUCCGAGUGAUCCCGGAUCACACUGAUCCUGAUCCAGAUCAUCUCAAAGGAACACACCCUAACCUCUUGGGGCAGAGAGUAGUACCCACAAGAAACUUAACCCACAUAUCCAUUUUUAUGGUAUCAACAAAAGGACAGAAAUGGUUGAGGCUUAGUGUUCCAACCGCUUUGCUGUCCCUGAUCCCCUUUGAAAUACUUAUUAUUAAUGAAAGCCAUUCUUUUAGAUGGCACUAUUGCGAAAAAAUAUAUACAUUAUACUGUAUUUGAAAAUUGUGCCAUUUGAGCUUUGCUGAUCACUGAUUAUAGUCUUUUUUUUCUUUUUCAUUUAUAAUAGCUUCUCCAAGGUCAGGGUGAAGUGUUUGGAACUGAACUGUUUAUGAACAAGAAGUUUACUUUCAAUUCUGGAUCAAAGGUUGCUGUUUUCACUUGGCAUGGCUGUACUGUGGAAAUAUCCUUUUUAAAAUAACACUUGUCUUGUUUGUACAGUCCUUUUUCUUGUUUUUGUGCAUACUUGUACAUCUCCAUCAUUGUAGACAUUAUUUUCUGUAUAAUGGAUGGUUUUCCUGGUUUCAAAAGUACAGGGAUACAGUGUAUCUAUUGAAUAUACACUGUAGAGGCUGUUAAUUACUUGACUCUGUCCUUUUGGUACCUAUAUUAAUGACGUUUGACAAUGUGAAUGAAUACAAAGUUACCCAAGGCUGUGCUGUAAGAAAAAUUAAAGGGAGCCCAGUGCUUGGAACCUGUGAAAUCGAGGGUGUCUAGCAUACAGCCACGAGUUUUAUGAAAAAGCUAAGAUUUUCUUGUUACCUCAAAGCAAAAGUAUGGCACCAGGGGUCACCAGGCACUGCUAGAGGAUACUCUGUCACCUCUUUUUAGAAAACAGUGUCAUUAACUCAAUUGUAAAGCUACACAUGUUACUUGUACAGUAGUUCCUAUUGCAUCAAUUCUAUGGAAAACUAACCUCAGUCUACAAUGUAUGCCAUUUUCCAUAACCAAGUUUAAAUCACUGGUCCUCUGGAGGUGGCAUAUGUAUCAAAGGAAACCCCAAUGGUUAUGUACAUCAAUCUUCACAUGGCUCUGGAACAAAUGAGGCAAAAAGCUGAACACUCUGAAUCAGAUAUUGGCCCAAGAGUGAGUGAUUAUUCCAUCUUUCUUGUUGUUAAUACAUUUACAAUACACUGUACUCACUAUCUGUCUUCUCAUUGGCUAAGAGCCUACAGCUAAUUUUGGAAAUCAGCACAACCUACAGUUUAGAAUAGUUAUCUGCUAGAUUGACUGUUAUUUGUAGACUGUGUGCUGAUGCAUGAUUUCCAAUAACAAUAUCAAUUUAGCUAGGUUCCUUGCAAUAUAGUGUGUUUGUCGUUAUUUUCUUCAAAACAAUGUAUAAUAAAGAAUUAUGCAUGUAAAAUUCGCUUUUUGUGAUACCGUAAAUAAUCAAGGUCUUGGUACAGUCGUAAGUGUUAUCAGCUUUAGCCUUUGGCUCAGCUAACAACACUUACCUCCUUUACCUUGAUUAUUCUGGAUAUCAAAAACCUCAUCCAAUAAUUAUUUAGUAUAAUUAUGUACAUGUAUUUAUUUUGUUUAGUAAUAGUAUGUGUCCUAAUGAGUGUUUAUAAUCAAUGAAGAGACCAAAAAUUUGACUAUUUCCAGGUGAUGGUUGUUGGUCCUGUAGAUGUUGGAAAGUCCACCCUCUGUCAGUUGCUGUUAAAUUAUGCCGUGAGGAUGGGUAGAAGGCCUGUGUUCAUAGAUCUGGAUGUGGGACAGGUACAUGUAUACACCUGUAGUGUUACUGUGUACAUAAUACUCCUCUGCAAUCUCCUGGAACUCUUAAAACUUUUUAUUUUUUUGCAAACUCCAAGGACAUACACUCAACAUGCACAUUUUGUAUGUUACAAAUCAAAAUUAAAUUCAGGUUAUUAAUUUUAUUAUUUUAAUUUUUUUUAAGCUAGGUUGAUUCUCAAAUUCCUUUGUCUCCAUCAUGUAUCCCUAAUUAUUCAUGAAUCAGGGGUAGGAGACAAGAGAAAUGGAGAAUCAACCAAGGUUGAAGAAAUUUAGGAUCAAUUUAGGUUUCUGAGGAAACUGCUCACCUACCCCUCCUCUAAGCCAACAGUUUGCCUCAAGUGGGAAGUACCAUAAGUGAUAAUGUUGACUUAGGGGAGGGGUGGGUGUUCAGUUUCCCAGAAACCUAAAUUGAUCCGAAAUUUAUCCUGAAUAUGAUUUUAACCUGUAACAUAUACAAAAUUAUAAUUAGGUUAAAAGUUUUUAACCUACAAUGUAGGUUGACAGGGUCUUCGUUAAGAAUUCUAGUAGCAGGAGAAAGGUGUAACAAUACAGGAGAAUAUUUUAAAAGAGACUCCACAUCUAAAUAUAAAGUAGCCAUAGGCUACCAAACGUUAAUAACAGAGAAUUCUGCAUAUUAAACAGAGAAUUCUCCGAUCUCCGAUGCCUAAUGAACACCCCAGGUUGAUUAUCUAUUUCCUUUGUGUCCUAGUCCAAAAUUAUUAUUCAUGAAUAAUCGGGGCUCAAGGAGACAAAGAAAAUUGGGAAUCAACCUGAGUAGGUUAAAUAAAAAUUGCACAUGUAACCUGAGAUCAAAUUAUUUUACCUGUAAUAUAUGCAAGUUAUUUGUUUAUAAUGACUUGUUGCACACAGCUAAUUCGUCCACACCCCAUUGAGAAUUUGAGGCCAGUUAAACACACUGAAUAACUGCAUAAAGAAGUUCUUUACACAUUUGAUAUAAUUUUGCAUUCAGUGUAUGUAUUAGAAGUACACCCAUCAUGGCCAAUUGAUGCACCCCUUGUACAGUAAGCUACAUAGUUGUUGAAAGGUACACUGUCCACCAUAAUAAUGUACAUAACAAUACAUUAUUUUAAAUUUACUGCAAACAAUAAUAACAUGUACUUUUUUCUUUUUCUUUUUGGCAGGGCUACAUAGGAAUACCUGGCUCUAUGGGUAUGCCAUAAACCUUUUGUAACUGUUUUUUAUUGUUGUUGUUGUUUUUGAAAUGUACAACUGAACAAUGUGUUUUAUCAAGAAAUUUACAGGAGCUUGUCCUGUUGUGUGUAGGUCUAAAUACAGUGGAACCUCGAUAUAAUGAAGCACCAAGGGACAGGCAAAAUUUGUUCACUAUAACAGGGUUUCGUUAUAUGGAGGUGCUUUUCCAUAAUAUUUUACUAUUACUGGGGGUAAAGAAAAUCAUUCCUUUUACUGAGGCCUUCAUUAUAUAGAAGUUUGUCAUAUCAAGGUUCCACUGUAAUAAAGGAUUUAUUCUUCUCCUUCUUCAGGAGCUCUUCUGAUUGAGAGACCUGCUGACAUUGAAGAAGGUGAGGUUUUUUAAAGAAUAAACUUGUACAACUGCACUGGUUUUAAAUGAAGCAGUGUGUAGAAGCCCAAAGUAAACUUACUUUAAUGGCCUUUAUAAGUGAUACUAGAGUAUAAAACAAAAGAUAUGUAUGGCUCUGAAGGUUUAUGUCAGCUGUGUCAUAAACUGAAAAAAAAAAAACAUCAUUUUCCCAGGAAUCCAAAAUAACAGGUAGUUUGUACUAUAAAUGAUAAAAAAAGGCUUAAUGUUUAAAAUUUUAAGUGGUAUUUUAUAAAACUUAGUUUAUUUUUACACUCACAUUUUCGUUCUUGCUGCACCUUUUAUUUUGUUUCAAAGGAUUCCCAUUGCAAGCCCCACUGGUUUUUCAUUAUGGACACACAUCUCCAGCCAAUGAAAAGCUGUAUAAUAAAAUAUCAAGCAAAAUAGCUGAAGUCACUAAACAGAGAUUUGAAAAGAAUAAAAAAGGUAAGUCCUAGGGCUGCAAUAAUAAUUUAUUCCACUGCAUCAAGAUACAGUGAAUGAGUCAAAGGAAGUUAAUUCUUGGUCAUUUGAUUGGCCGCUUGUAUGCAGAUACCUGCACAAAAAUGCAAAUUUAGUUUCAUAACAGAAGUAAGCAAGACCACAUAUGUAACAAUUAUUAUAUUGCAAAAGCCAUUCAUCACAAUGUGUGCAUUGUAAUUAUUUAAGACUGAGUAUGGUCUGUUUGACGAAUUUGUUCCUUGAGAGAUCAGUCAAGCGAGGAGCUCAUCAUAUUUCUCAACUCAAAACAUUGGUCUCAAAACUGGAGAUUAGUUCUUGAGACAUAAGACUUGAGACUCGAUUCUCAAAAGUUUCAGGAAUCAACAGUUAAGUCUUAAAGAUCAAGUUGCUACUGAUUGUCAACUUACUGCAGUAAUGUAUGUUUAAUCAUACUAUGAAUUCAAUGAAUAUAGAUUAUACCUCUCUGCCUAUUAAUACACCCUACACUGUGCUAAACUGUCAGCCUAACCACUUAGUCACAAAUUUAUUCAUUGCUUGACAUGAGUGUACAUGUAUGCUGUUUGGUUUAUAUACAGUGUGUAUCAUUAUAAGGUUUUAUUAUAUAGACGCGCGUGUUUUACUGGAAAAUAUACCACUCGUAAAAUUCAUAAAAAACUACAUCGGGGACCCGAGUGGUUUAUUUUCCAUAACGAUCUCACACAUGAGUUUAUCGAUGACAUAGUUUUGGUAAUUUCCCUCUGUUAUUUUAUCGAUGUCUUUUUGUCUAUAAUAAAAAGAACAUUACACAGCGGCUUGAAGAUAUGAAUAGUAUUUUACUCACUCACUGCGCUUGUUCGUAAAAUAUUGUUUUGCCACUCGAAAAUAAAAUUCAUAUCUUCACGCCACCGUGUAAUAUUUAUCCUCUAUAUAAUUAUUAUUCUAAUUCAUUUUCAUCAUUAUUAUCUUAAGCAAGAGCAAGUGGCUGUGUUAUCAAUACCUGUGGUUGGGUGACUGGGACUGGUUACAGAAUCCUUGUUCAUGCAGCAGAGGCAUUUGAAGGUGGGCUAUCUGUACGAGCUACACUUAAAUCUACAUGUAUACAGUCAAUACAAUAUACAUGUACAGUUGACUCCCAACAACUGAAAUCCUCGCUAACUUGAACCUCUCGCUUGCUCGAACUAAAGUCAGUUUUCCCUGGAUUUCCUUCAUGUAAUUUUACCCUCAGCUCAGUAACUCGAACUCUCAAUACAGCUGACUAACUUGGACCUCCUGCUAACUUGUUAGUUUGAGUACAUUUGUACAUACAUUUGGGACAACACAUUUUUAUUACAGUAAUUUAUAAUUUAUUUCAUAUAUGUGUAUUUAGUGUUAUUAAUUCCUUUCUACAGAAUUGUUUUAGAGAUGUUACCAUAGCAGAUUAGUACGUUUGUAUGACAGCAACCUUAAAAAAGCAACAAAAGUGACCCUAGAAUCCUACAUCUGUGCUGUAAUGGCACAUAAAUUCCCUGUACUAAUGAAAAAAUACCAGAUAAACAGACUUAAAACGGGGUACCAUUAUAAGUACCAUAUAAUUAUGAUACUUACAUUUCCCCAUCCCUUUACUUAUUCAUUCCCUUAUUUCCAGUUAUUUGCUUUGAACAACCGAUAACUUGAACUCCCAAGAAUAACUUUUUUUCAUUUCUCAAGAAUGUUCAAGUUGUCAGUGAGUCAACUGUACAUGUAGCGCAUAAUGUUAUUGACAGCCAUUGUUAUGUGAUGGGCAUUCAUUGCAAAAGGAGAAUAUGCAUUUUUAAGAACCGAAUGUCUUCAGAUACAUGUAGAGAGGUGGAGAUGAUUUCCUUGCAUGAGAAACUGGCAUGAAUUUAACUGAUGAAUGUAUUUUUCUCACUCUUAGAUCAAUUUGAUAUAUUUUUUCCAUUAAUAGUGAAUGUCAUUGUUGUCCUUGAUCAAGAAAGAGUCUAUAACGAUCUCAAGAAACAGUUUGGUAACAAAGUCCAGGUGGUGCAUUUACCCAAGUCUGGUGGGGUUAGUAGAAAUUCCUCCACUUUUUAACCUUGUGCAUUAAACUGCAACUGCUUUAAUACAGGUUAUUUUUGAAGUUCCAAACACUGGUGAUGAACAUCUAUAUUGAGUGGUUUUUGCCAGCCAAUGCUAGAAACCUGAAAACAGUGAUGAUGAUUUUGUUUUACUCAAAACAGACACUCAGUGCAUGUACUUUAACAAAUUAAUAAUACAUGACUGUACUGGCGCAGGUCAACCUUGAUGGGAAGUACUUGAGUUGAAAUCAGUAAUGUUGUGGUAUGCAAAUUUGAGGUCAAAAUAGAUUUGCCAAUACACUUUACAUGUACAAAUGCUGGCUUCAUGAUAGCUGUUUUUGAAUGGAAGGUGUAGCGCUGUGGGCAAAGGAAAUUCAGGGACAUACAGGCGUGUGGAAGGAAGCUAGGCUAGGGCAGACUUUGAUGUCAAAGAAUGUCCUAUCAACAUUUCAGAGCACAUCAGAACAAAAAAUAUUGAUGGUUAGCACUAAAUAAUUAUGAAAUUUAUUUUGAAAAAGAAAUUGAAGAGUGUUUGUAGAUUUCAGAGAAGUCCCAAAUCUUUGUCAGUAAACUGCUAAAGGAGUGUGAUUGUUUUUUGUCUUGUUUUCAUUAUUUUGUAGGUUGUAGUGAGAAGCCAAGAAAUGAGGCGGAAUAGUAGGGAUAACAGAGUUAGAGAUUAUUUUUAUGGAAAGAAGUCCAAUUUAUAUCCACAUAUCUUUGAAGUGAAGUUUUCAGAAAUCAAGAUUUUUAAGAUAGGGGGUAAGUUGAUUCAAUGCAUAUACAUGUACUCACCUCCCAUAAAAAAAAAAUGGUACCACGAUAUUAGUGAUACAUGUACUUCAGCAAGAGAGUGGUCUAAAUCUUCAAGUUUAGUCCCUAAAAAAAUAUUAAGAUUUCAAUUCUAUCCAUAGGGGAUGUAGUUACUUCAUCCAGUUUGACAAGAAAUUGCUAUGGCAACUUGAGGUUGUCCAAAGAGUGGAAUAAGGCUGUGCUCUGCUGCAGCAACACUUAGACACUCUAGUACCCCCUGGUGACUUCCUGUAGGAAUGCUGGAUUGUACGUGUUGAAUUCCAGAAAAUAUCCAUACUCCACCCCCAAAUAUGGAUGCUUCGGUUUGACCACACCCCUCUUAAACCCACUCCUUACCCCUUAGAAAAUUACAGCUAAGCUACUAUAUAAACUGAUCUCAAGGUGAAUUAAUGAAUGGGGUUUAGUAUUAUUUCUGGAGCAGGACUAAAACCUUUUAGAGAUUGGGAACACUUUGGUGCCUUCAAUAUUCUGUAGAGUACAGCCUGGCUCUUCUAUGCUGUUGUAGCCUACUUCUGUAUAGUAUUAAUGCUGCUCCCAGGAGGGGAUGGGGUUACUCCAGAUUUCAAGUGAAAGGGAUGGUUGAAGUUUUUUUUUUUUUUCUUGAGGGGGGGGUGGGGGUUUAAAUUUUCGAUUCCAAGAUGUUUUUUGUGUGGGAAAAUUUGGCAAGUAAUUUUUUGGGCUAUACAAUCUGAAGAUUCGUGGUAGUUCACCCUCACCCCUGUUCUGGCCGCGUGGUUCUGCAAAUAAAGUACAACAAGUCAUGUUAUACAUAUAAUGUAUCAUUUAAUACUUUCUGGAAAUUUUUAAGGAUCUAAAAUUCAGUGUGGGAUUUUUUGGGGGUUAACGUUUGAUCUAGGGAUUUUUUGUUUUGUUUUGUUGGAAGCCAUACAAUAGGGAUUUUUUUUUUUUUUUUUUUUUGGGGGGGGGGUUGAUUUUUGCCAUCAUUCAAUAUUAUUAUCCCCAUUACUUGAAAUCCAGAGUACCAUCCCCCCCCCUCCCCUCCCACCUAGAAUGCUGAUGUUGCUUUUGGUACGGUAUUCACAUCCUAAAGGUGCUUCUAUUUCUUCUGCUUAGUUUAUAAAAAUAAGGUUUUGGUGGACUUCCACUGCCCACUUGCUGCCUGUAUUAAAACUUACUUACAUGUAAGUGUGACUUUUUGAAAAUUAGCACCAGCUGUCCCAGAUUCAUGUCUCCCACUGGGAAUGACUCCAGACCAGAAUGAAACCAAGCUUGUUGCAGUGCAACCAGGUAACAUGCUCACUUUUCUUUGUACAAUUCUUUGUUCUUUAAACUAUUCACUCCUACACUGCACAUGUACAUGCAGAUAAUGUUAUAGCAAGAUUAUUAAUUUUGUCAUGCUAAUUUUUUAAUAAUUAUGUUGAAUGGUACCACCAUUCAAUGCUUUUCUGCAGAGCUUCAACUUUAUCCUUGGUUUAAAUUUAUUUUUCUUUGUGUUUGGGUAUGGUAAUGUAUGAUAAUGAGUUUGAAACAAAGGAAAACAAAAUUUAAACCAGGGAUAAAAUUGAACCACAACAUAUACAUAUUUUUAUUACUUAUUUCUUGCAAGAAGGAAUUUGUUUUUGUACUGGCAUUUACAUAAUGGCUACAAAUUUGCUGGAUGGAUGCUGGUUGGUUUUCGAUAAGCUAAUCGGCUUAAAACCUUUUUUAAAGUUGCUACUGAUAGGUUGAUUUGGAGUUGAUUACAUAAUGGCUAACUCAUUAAGCAAAUCAUGACUGCAUGCUGAUCAGGGUUUUGUUUCAAGCCAGAUGCGCGACGCAACGUCUGGUGGUUUGACAUGUACAGUGUAACAUCAGGUAGUUGAUACAAGAAUUUUUUUUUUCUUGUAUCACCAAGAUUUUCACUGACUGGCUGAUUGGUUAAUGGAUAGCUAAAUGCUGGGUGUUGAUUGGCUUCUGGUUUGCUGUAUGGGUUUCUACCAACAAACGGUUGGCUGACUUUAUGCUGAUUGGUCACUGGUUAUAUGAAACUGACAGGAGACUGGUUACAGAUAUAGCUGACUGGGUUGGUUUCGAUUGGUACAAAAAAAAAUGGUUGGCUGAUUGCAUAUGAUUAUGUUUAUUGAUUGGUUUCUGGUUAGCUUACUGGGUGGCGAUAGGGUUCUGGUUAGCCUCCCACGCAGACAUUUUUAGGGGUCCGUCAUGCAUUUCUGCCCCACGAACGGUCGUUGGUGAGGAUUGCGUGACGAGGCAACAGAACGCCUACAUGGGAAGGUAGGUUCUGUGUGUGCUUACUAUUUGUUGAUUGGUCAUUAGUUUCAGUGUAUGUGUACCUUACUUGAUGCUGAUUGGUUACUGGUGAUAAGCAGACUGGACACUGACUGAUUGCCGCAUUGCUAAUUAAGUACCAAUUGAUUCUGUUUGUUUUGGCAGGACGUGACUUGAAGCACUGUGUGUUGGCUCUGAGUGCAGCUGAAUCUUUGGAAGAAAAUCUGGUCACAACAAACACGAUAGGAUUUGUUGUUGUGUAAGUUGCGAAACUUAAUUUUUUUUUGUCAUGGGCAUUGUUUAUUAUGAACAUGAAGUUCUACACAUCAUUCAGUUUACAUUUAUUUUAAAGAAUUUUUUGUAGCCUUGCCAUUGGUGUCUUUUUUUAGAGUUAAUGUGUGUUCCUAUUCUGUUUUAGCAAUGAUGUAGAUUUAGAUCGUCAGAUGAUGGUUGUUUUGUCUCCUGCUCCAAGACCACUACCAAGAAAGUUCUUUCUCCUCAGUGAUGUCAAGUUUAUGGAUUUCAAGUGA